AUGUUGGUACGAGAGAUUAGUAUAUACCACGCCUCGAUCCGGUAUCGUAGUUAUCCAAGGAAAGGAAAGGAGAUUUAUGGGAAUAAGACCCGUCACAGCAUUGACUGCAUAGGAGCGGCCUCAGUACCCGUGGUGGUCCAUGGCUUCAAAGGCAUAAGGAAUAUCCGGUUGGUUGGAAAAUACGGCCACAGCGCCAUUUCCAUACUUGGAUCAACGGAUAACACACAGACCUCAGAGCCCAGGAAGGAGCUUACGGCCUGGUUUGCGGUUACUAUUAGAAAUCAUAAAGGGGUCGUAGAAUCAUAUGGGAGAGUAUUUGAGUUCAGUUUCUUAUUCGGCUCUUGUCGGAUUGCUGUUGUGUCCAUGGCAAAGUCGUCAGAACAUCCUAAAAGAAAUCUUGUUCUCUUUUCAUACACCCGUAUAUCUCGUGUCACCCUUUGUACGGUGAAUUUCCGUAUGUAUUGGUGA